UCUAGCGCCGCCGCCAUCCAUCCCCUCUCCGGGCUCUCCACUCACCGUCGCUGCCCAUCAAUCCCCUCCCCAGUGUCCACUCCUCCCAGUCCCAGCCCCAGCAAGGCGACCAAGUCAGACCGGCGGGGCCGUCGUCUUUGCUGGCUCCGGCAGCCACGCGAAGCUGGAUGCCGCGCCUGUCCCGGUCGCCGUCGUCACACCGCCGACGUCGAUCCCCUUCCCCGCGGUACGGGAGCCGGCGGAGUCGACGAGAUCGGAGCCGCUCCCCAUACACCUUCUCUCGGAGAAAAAGCCGGUCUCCUUCUCCAAGAUGGGAGAAAAGCCAGUCCCCAACUCCUAGGAGACGUAGGAGUCCUCCAUCACCAAGGCGGCAAAGAAGACAGAGAAGUCGAAGCAGUACAAGUUCCAUUGUAAAUGACUCCUGCAGCCCAAGUCAUGUGUCAGAGCAGAACAAUUUAAUUGAGAAGCAAAAAGAGGAAGAAGAAAAGAAAAGGCGCCAAAAGGAAGCUGAACUGAAGCUACUGGAAGAGGAGCUUGCUCGAAGAGUUGAAGAAGCUAUAAGAAAAAAUGUUGAGGACCAUCUGAACUCUGAGGAUGGAAAAUAUGAAAUAAAACGGCGAGUUGAGGAAGGUAUCAAAAAGCUAUUUGAUGAGGUUGAUGCUCAACUACAAAAAGAGAAGGAAGCGGCUCUCCGUGAAGCCAGGCAGAAAGCGGAACAGGAAAAAAGAGAGAGGGAGGAGUUGGACAGGAUGCUUGAGGAGAACAGGCGCAAAGUAGAGGAAGCUCAAAGAAAAGAAGCAUUGCAACAGCAGCAGAAAGAGCUAGAACGAUUUUUGGAGUUGGAAAGAAUUCAAAAGCAAAGGGAAGAAGCUUUGCGAAGAAAGAAGAUAGAGGAGGAGGAAGAUAGAGCUAAUCAGAUGAAAUUACUUGGGAAGAAUAAACGUUAAUUUGGUUUAGUGUUGUGAUCUGUUUGUUCUGACAAAUUUAGAGUUACUAACGUCUCUAAUGAUUGGUAGUGUGUUGACGUGUACUUGUGGCACAGCAACACUGCUAGUGGUUUCUGAAAUUUGUACGGUUUCAUCUUGUGGCCACUGCGUACUCCUGGAACCGAGAGGAUGAUAAUAUUUUAUUUUAGCA